UUGAGAGGAGUAUGACAGGUCUUUGUUGUCUGAAUAAAAAUCCGUGGCAGCUCCAGGGAGAGAACUCCUCCUACUAAAUUAUCAAAAAUGGGCUGGCUUUAGUCUCUUAACAAAUUGGACACAGCUACGGCAGGAGCAGUCCCCAACCCAACCUACAGGCACUGGGAACUUGCAAGCAGCCAGGGACCGCUGAAAAUAGCACUUCUUUUUCUUUCUUUGUGUUCAAAACUAUUUUCUUUCUUCACCAGAUUUUGUUUUCCUCCCCCCCCCUCCCCGCUGCAGUUGUUUCCCAUUAGUAACUCGAUCUCUCAGUAAGAUUCGCCUUCUUCGUCUCCUUUCCCCUCCGCCCGUUUGUUUGUUUUCUGCACAUCUUCAGGGAGCCUCUGGGGUUUCCCCCCUUCUUUUUCUUUUUCUUUUCCAAGCAGACCAAUUUCCACUCUGUCUGUCUCUUUCUUCUUCCUUCUCUUCCUCUUGUCCUCCGUCCCCGAGCGUCUCUGCGCUCCUCCAAAACACAGAUCUCUGCCGUCCCUUCUGCUCCUUCAUUCGGAUGAGCUGAGAGCCGCGGGCGUGUGUAUAUGGAAAUAGUGGGGUGCCGAGCAGAAGACAACUCGUGUCCUUUCCGUCCCCCAGCCAUGCUCUUCCAUGGGAUCUCCGGAGGCCACAUCCAAGGCAUCAUGGAGGAGAUGGAGCGCCGAUCUAAGACCGAGGCCCGCCUGGCCAAAGGCGCUCAGCUCAACGGCCGCGACGCGGGCAUGCCCCCGCUUAGCCCCGAGAAGCCUGCUCUGUGCGCCGGCUGCGGGGGCAAGAUCUCGGACAGGUACUACCUGCUGGCUGUGGACAAACAGUGGCACCUGAGGUGCCUGAAGUGCUGUGAAUGUAAGCUGGCCCUGGAGUCCGAGCUCACCUGCUUCGCCAAGGACGGUAGCAUUUACUGCAAGGAGGAUUACUACAGAAGGUUCUCUGUGCAGAGAUGUGCCCGCUGCCACCUUGGCAUCUCCGCCUCUGAGAUGGUCAUGCGUGCCCGAGACUCUGUCUACCACCUGAGCUGUUUCACCUGCUCCACUUGCAACAAGACCCUGACCACAGGCGACCAUUUUGGCAUGAAGGACAGCCUGGUGUACUGCCGCGCCCACUUCGAGACCCUCUUGCAAGGGGAGUAUCCACCGCAGUUGAGCUACACCGAGCUGGCAGCCAAGAGCGGAGGCUUGGCCCUGCCUUACUUCAAUGGCACUGGCACCGUGCAGAAAGGGCGGCCCCGGAAGCGGAAGAGCCCAGCGCUGGGAGUAGACAUCGUCAAUUACAACUCAGGUUGUAAUGAGAAUGAAGCUGACCACUUGGACCGGGAUCAGCAGCCUUACCCACCCUCGCAGAAGACCAAGCGCAUGAGAACAUCCUUCAAGCACCACCAGCUCCGGACCAUGAAAUCCUACUUUGCCAUCAACCACAACCCGGAUGCCAAGGAUCUCAAGCAGCUUGCUCAGAAAACAGGCCUCACCAAAAGAGUUUUGCAGGGAGAACAAAUCUUGGGGCAUUACAGCCAAACAUCCCGACGUUUGAAAAUUCCCUAAAGUAUUAAAAGAAGGGGAAAAGUUUGAUCGGAAAUCCACUGCAGUGAAGACAAAGACAAUAUUAGGUUAUGAUAAUCAUACAUUUUAAAAUCUAUUGAGCCAAAAAAAAAAAAAGAGAGAGAGAGAGAGAGAGAGACUUAAAUGUCAUUUACUGAAUGUUAACAAAAAUUCUGUUCUUUAUGGUGUCUAACACAAAUGGAGGCUUAAAGUUAUGUGGUUUAAAACAAAAUUAGAUAAGCUGUGUAUAAACCAGAGAGCAGGCUGGCGGUAAUCUGCCCACCCCAUAUUUGAAGAAAAUUAUUAUUGCUUAAAAAAAAAUCCCACACAUUUGUCAAGCACAGUAAUUGUAAAAUAAAGUCCAAAAACAUCCAUUUCACUUGCUUGCUAAUGUGUACUAGUCCUAUCUGUUCAUGGCAUUUUCCAAUUGUAAAUUCAAAGAAAAGCUAUCGCUCCUUUGAGAGUAUAGGAUCAAAACCCAGUAAUUUUAGUAUUAUUGUUUAUUCCUUCCUUUUUAAACAGAAAUCUCUGCAUGCACUUUUACAUCUGUCACUUCUAUAUGUCUCUGUAUGAUGACUUAUCUUUGCUGUUUCUUGUAUGAUAAAUAGCUUUCAUUAAUAAACAUUUUAUUUGAUGCAAACAUAGUUAACUUUAUGUCAAAUACACACUGUUGAAAUUGCUUUUGAACACUGUCUUAAGAGGCAGCACGAUACAUUUCCAACUUGUGAUACUUAGGAAAAAAAAAAUCCAAGGUGAAAUUCUGGUAGUCUAGGAUAAAAGGACUUACUUAGUUUUUAACUUUUCAUGACUUCUUAUUUGUUGUAUUCAAUCGACCCAUGUAUAAAAAAUUAAAAAAAAACAAAGAAAACACAAAUUACAACAAAAAAUAAACCUAAGAAUAAACCGUUGUAUAAAAUUUCGGCAAUGUUUUUAGAUUGUUAGGGUAAAAUUUAUAGAUCCUCUGUAAGUUUACAUGUUUGCUAUGCAAUGAGCAAAUUUAUUGAAGUAUACAAAUAUAUCCUGAACUAUGAAAAGAUCCAAUCUUUGUAUAGUUCAAAUUACAUAUGAUAUUACAAACAAAGGA